AUGGCAUCAAUUCUUUAUAAUAACCCGAUAGCUAUCACUUUGACAUGGUGUUUUGGCGUUUGUGGCAUAAUCGCUAAUUACUACGUCUUUAAGAUUAUUUUGGCUCUAAAGAAACGUAGCAAUCGCACUAUCUUUUCUAAAGUAAGCUCUGAUCAUAGCCGGCAAUCAGAAAUUACGAGUAACCAAUUUACAGCCAGAUACGUUGGCAAUCGAACAUUUAUUAUCCUGAUAGCCAAUCUAGCUGCCUCCGAUUUAGCUGGCUCAUUAUAUUUACUUAUUUUAGCAGUAGCUGAUCUUCGCUAUCGGUUUAUGCAAAUUAAUCCUUACAAUAAUGGUAGUAUGGCAGAGUCACUAAUCAAUUCAUCGAAUAUUUAUCACGAUUGGAUCGGCAAUCCAUUCUGUUUUACAGCUAGGUAUCUAAAUGUUUUAUCUUCAUUUCAAUCUGUCUUCAUCAUUACGAUUAUUGCCGUUGAUCGCUAUGUUAGCGUAGCAUUUCCAUUUUCGAACAACUUAGAAAUAACUCCUAAGAAAGCAAAAAUGAUUUCCAUUGGUGGUUGGAGCAUUGGAAUUGCCACUGCAAGUAUGUUUACGGCGUUUUCCUAUAUAACUUUUCCACCCGCUAAGUCAAUUAGUUAUCGGUUUAGCAAUUUAUGUACAUUUGCAGAUGUAUCCGUUAAUUUCGUUAGAUUUUCACUGUUACUUUUGAGCGUAAUCGGGUUUAUUUGUUAUAUUUUUACAUUAUCCUUAUAUAUGGGGACAUAUCUUAAACUACGGCAUAUAGCAGCCAAAAUUAAAGCUAGCAAGACCUUCAACCAAAACGUUGAAAGGAAAACGUUAAAAAUUGCCGCCACUAUUAGUAUUACUAAUCUUGUGGCUUGGUUUCCUUCGCUUGCUUGUGGUACAGCAAUAUUUAUUAAUUAUCGUUUAUCUAUCGACAAUAUUCGUUUUCUGGAUACCGCACCGAAUGUCUUGCUAUUAUUUCAAGUUAACUGCACAAUUAAUCCCAUUAUUUACAUCUUUAAUAUCUCUCAAAAUCUGUCAAACUAUAAGCGUAAGUUGUUCUGGACUCGGACUUGA